AAGAGACCUCAAGGCUUGAGCUGACAGGGAGGGGCCUGAUCGCUUACAGGCCAGAGAGCUAUUCAGAGUGUGCAGCAUAAAGGAGGAGUAGGACGCCCACAAUGGCUUUCCACUUCAGCUGGGACAACUUCUCAGAUGCCUUUGUGGAGAAUGCGGCUACGCUGCUUACGGGAGCACUCAACAAGGGCUCAAAGCCUUCCAUCAUUGCCGAUACCAUCACCGUGAAGGAGCUCAACAUGGGAAGCAAGCCGCCUGUACUAGAGCUGAUUGAGCUCUGUGAUUUGGAAGCAGAUGAAUUCAAGGGCGUCUUUCGUAUGCGGUACAGUGGUGAUGCCCACAUCAUUAUGCAAACCAAGGUCCAAGCGAAUCCUCUCCUGAACCGGCCAACGACAGAGCUCCCCUUCUCACCUAUUCAAAUGGUUGCUGCGGAUGCACCCUUGACGGUGCCCAUGUUUUUGCAGCUUUCUGAUAUGGAAUUAGACGGUACAGUCAUUCUUCUAUUUACAAAGGCAAAGGGACUCUCCAUGGUCUUCCGCAACGAUCCACUCAGUAAAGUACUCGUCACUUCUACCUUCGAUGGCAUUCCUGUCAUUCGUGACUUUUUGCAAGCUCAGAUUGAAAAGAAACUACGACAGCUGCUAUGUGACGAAUUGCCAGCGAUUAUCCAGCAACUAUCAGUUGCCUGGUCUGGUCGUGUGCCUUCACCAAAAGUCCGUGCAACAACACUCAACUUUACAGUGCCACCCAUUGAAGCUGAUUUGAAUUACAAGUCAGGCAUGCGCCGUCCAGUCAGCCGACAGCAGCGGUUUGUUCAACAAUCAGGGUAUAAUGCAUCCCGUUCCAUUCCACACCUUUACCGCAACCAAUCCUUUACUGGUCGUGGACAACUGACACCUUUCACACCGGCAAUUGCAGAAGCCAUCUACAAGAGCACGUCGUUAUCUGCUCUUGAUUUGGCAGAACGGAAAGCCAAAAUGAGUGCAACGGCCAGCGUCACAACGAGCACCAGUACCCUCUCAUCAUCGCCUGAACGCCGAACAGUCAAGAAGCAUUCUGUGAUUCGAUUGGGUAAAGCUGCCAAACCUGUAGAAAAGCCUGUCACGACGCCAGGUGGUGUUUCUCCUGCACAGGUUGCGCAGACGACACAGACGCCUGUGACGGUGGCUUCUUACUUUGACAAGGAUUCACCACUCUCUGUGGAUGUCAAGACACCUGUCAAAUUACAAGUCAUCAACGAGGAUGAACAAGUGUUGUCGAUGACGGGCGAUAAGAAGCAUGCGUCAGGGGCUAUAACUGCUACGGAUAGAGAACAGCAGCAGAGACGGAUGGAGAAGAAGUUGAGUCAAAAGAUUGUGCAAGAACGGCGACAAGCUGGUCUGGAGAAUGGUAUGCAUCGCAUGGCCCUUCGCUAGGUCAUUCAAUUGGGUCUUCAAUGAACGAGUUGCUUAUACGAGUACCGGCGUCUGAUUUUAUGUCUUUUCUCCUUUUCUAUACACAGUAUCAACAUCCUCAAUCCACC